GCCAGUCUCGCGUUGUCCGUAGUUAAACCUAGACGUCUCGGCGCCCGCCACCGUUGUCGUCAGUCCGAACCGUUCUGAGGGGCGUUGAUACUCACUCAGCUGAUCGCAAGUGUCUACAAGAAAUGUGUCCAUUUUGUGUCCCGAGCUUACCAACGUGACGUGUGCUUACAGAUGAGAAAUAUUCUUGAGAUAUCUGUGGCCGAGAAAUAUCUACACGGGAACUAUAUUUUGCUGCGGAGUGAUACGACGGUUUUGGAUACUGGUACUUCUGGAUCUCUGCUUUGGAGACUGGAUUGGCUGCCUCACGCGGUGGAUUCCUGUCAGUGAGAGAUGCAUUGUGGGCUUGUUGUAGACUGCAACUGAAGUGAAUUCACCGCCGCUGCUCACAGCAAUGAAGCUGCUUCUCGGAAAAGGAGAAAGCCCGCAACGACCAUAAAACGUAUUUGCAUCGACGUCUUGCCAAGAUGUUCCUGUGUACAAUGUAGCUGAGUGGCUUGCAGACUGCAGAAUGAGUGAUCACGAACGAAUCCGAUUGGUGAUUCUGGGAGGCGCAGGGGUUGGCAAGAGUUGCAUUGUCAAGCGUUUCCUCUUCAACACCUUCACCGACAAAUACCGCAGCACAGUGGAAGACCUGUACAACAGGGAGUAUGAUUUGGGGCCCGUCACUCUCAAGGUUGAUAUCUUGGACACAGCCGGUGAUAUGCAGUUCCCUGCAAUGAGGAGACUUAGCAUUGCUACUGCACACGCCUUCCUGCUGGUUUAUGCCACAACUUCGGCCCCGUCGUUUGACAGCAUCAAGCGUUGUUUUGAGGAGAUCAGGGAGCAGCGAGCAGAUUACCAGGACAUUCCCCUCGUUGUGGCAGGCAACAAGCUGGACCUGGCAUCUACACACCGUGAAGUUACCAUCGAGGAUGUUUCUGAAUGGGUCUACUGUGAGCUACCCAAGCUGAGAGUGAAGGUGCUCGAAUGUUCAGCCAAAGAUGAUUACAACAUCAAGGAGAUCUUCCGCUGCUUUCUCACACUGUCACGGAUCUUGCCUGCUGGUGGUGACGACAGUUCUGGAGGACUGAAGCGUCGCUCCAGUGCAUAUGUAAGUGCCAGCAGCAAGAACAAGGCAGGUCGGCGUACUGGAAGCCCAGCCCUCGAGUGCACGGGCACCAGUGCGGCCGCCAGCUCAGAAGGAGCAACAGGUGGACUGGAAGUGACCCGCUCUAAGCCAAGAAGUAGAAGCCUUAUCCGUCGAUCUAGCCGCAAAGCCAAACAACAAAUGCGAGAUGCUCAUGACGAUUGCAAUAUUUCAUAAAGCAGCAGUAAAUUUCAUCUAACUCGUUUAUUGUUGUGGCAAUGCCAGACACUGGGGCUGGUUUCAUUAGCACCACGUCUCUCAGCCAAUAAAGUGAACUGCUGUUUAUGUGGAAAGGAAUGGGACCGUGUUCUUAACAAUCUUCUCUCUUAAUGACGUAUCAUAGAUUUUCAAGUAUGAAAAAUAUUUAUAUAUUUAAUACAGAGCACUUUGGUCUCUUGGACAUAUCGAGUUUUGCUACCAAUGUCAUUUACCAGAACAACACAUAUACCAUGCAAUUGCAAUAUUAGGAUCUUAGAUAUUUUGAAACAUAGGUUACACAUAUUUAAGUUUAUUGUAGCAUGCUAUACUUGCAAGUAACAUAUGAAAAUAUAAUUAUCUCUCAUUUGAAAAUAUACUUUGAUAUAAAGAAAUAUAUAGCAUGAGUAAUAACUUAACUUUUUUAAGUCGAAAUUCUUCCUAUAAAGCUAUAUAUAAUACAAACUCAUGUGUAUGCCCGUUUCACAAAAUUUUAAUGCCCCACAGUCAAAAGAAUUGGAAAAUUAAAAAAUAAUACUAAAUAUUUAUGAAUUAUAAAUUCUGAAGUUUUCAAGGUAGUCAUUGUUAGUACUGUGUUCUUCUUAUUGUGACACAAUGUAGUUUUAUAGCCGAAAACUGAUGUUUUGGAGGAACCUGACUUUGAUUUUUGUACAGAACACAGUUUGAGAACAGAUCGUAUCCUAUUCACAGUUUUCUUGCAGUUAGAACUGGUCUUGAAUAAUGAAAGACACCUAUUUCAGUGUACCAAUUAUAACUGAGUAUCAUGGUCGGGGUACAUUGAUGGUCUUACUAAGUACUUCUUUCUUUUGGAUAUGUUAUGUUUUAAAGAGCAGGGUCUUGGAUCCAGUACUUCUAAUCAGACUUCUGGUCAGUGUUACUUACUGCAUUCUGAACUGACUUGACAACUGCUGUCAUCGACUGUAGUAGAGACGACUUAUUUUAUGCUCAUAUUUCCGUCUCGAAUCCAACUUAUUGUCUUGUCCUACUUCUCUGUCACUACAUGUUUCAGCUGUACAUGGCUGUCAUCUGGUACAUAACUAUGAACUGUCCACUAUAAUAUGAGUAUAUUGGACCAAAAGGGAGAGCAUUUAAUAUCAGACAUAAGGAACUCAUUCACACCACAAGAAGCAUCAAGGAUAAUUCCGGAUAUUCAAACCACAUGCUGAACACAGGACACAGGUAUGGGGCUAUAAUUAACAUUAUGGAUAUUAUAGAAACAUGGAAGAAGGACAAACACUUAAUUACCUUACGGGCUGCGCCAUAGCUCAAGCGGUUAGUCACUGGCUUCU